GUCAUUUGUUCGUCGCCAUUGUUCUUUCGUCGUCGUUACCGUCGUUGAAAAUUGUCGAGCGAAAAAUAAAAGUUGUAGCAUUCAUUUGCAAUAUAUCUCAUAGAAAACAAGUUGUUUUUAAAGUAAAUACAAAAGUCUAAAUAUCAAGAUUUUAGGUUAAAUAUUUGCUGGGGUGUGAAUCUUUGAAAAAGUAUAUAUAACACCGUCCACUGAAGUAAAAAACAGCAGUGGAAAGUGUGGCUCAGCUGAAGAAAGAAAAAAUCAUUUGAUUAGCAAUAGAAGACAAAAAACAAUAGUUCAAAUUCGUGUACGGGAGCAGAAAAUUUGAAAACGUUUUAAGUUUUCCGAAAGCGAAGUCUUAAGUGUUCAAUACAAAAAUGUCAGCAAUGAAUCCAGAAUAUGAUUACUUGUUCAAAUUACUGCUUAUCGGUGACUCGGGCGUAGGUAAAUCGUGCCUUUUGUUGCGAUUCGCUGAUGAUACAUACACAGAAAGCUAUAUUAGCACAAUUGGUGUAGAUUUCAAAAUUAGAACCAUUGAGUUGGACGGCAAGACUAUAAAGUUGCAAAUUUGGGAUACCGCUGGACAAGAGCGCUUCCGUACAAUUACAUCUUCGUAUUAUCGUGGCGCACACGGUAUUAUUGUUGUUUAUGAUUGCACAGACCAGGAGUCGUUUAAUAAUGUAAAGCAAUGGUUAGAGGAAAUCGAGCGAUAUGCUUGCGAAAAUGUAAACAAGUUGCUCGUGGGCAACAAAUGUGAUUUGACUACCAAGAAAGUUGUUGACACAAAUACAGCAGCGGAAUACGCAAGUCAGUUGGGUAUUCCAUUUCUGGAGACUUCAGCUAAAAACGCAACGAAUGUUGAACAGGCUUUCCUGACGAUGGCUGCCGAGAUAAAGAAUCGUGUUGGGCCGCCUUCAAGUGCCACUGAGAACGCCAGUAAAGUUAAAAUUGAUCAGGGACGUCCGGUGGAGAACACCAAAUCAGGUUGCUGCUGAAUAACUCCGAUUGUGAACUCAUAUACACACUUUAUUUUAUUAUACUAAAAAAAAACAAUUAAAAUAAAAAAGAAA